CACAGACGCUUUGAUGCGCGCGCUGCCAACGGCUCCACUUGGUCUGGUUCUCCGUAUAAACUCGGAGUGGCUCAACUGCGGCCGAUUGCUCCGACCACCUCUGGCUCAAUACCAUCGCCUGGCAUACGGCAUACCAACCUUGAAGCCAGCCAGGAAGUACUCAAGAAAGCAGGAUGUCCUUGACGAGAGAGGGAUCAAUGAUCGCAAGAAUGCGAGAUGCGAAGUCAGGAAGCGACAAUACAAAAGAGUAUGUCGCCACUCUCUCAGCCAUCAUAUGCGGUUCAGUGUCAGGGAUAUAAAGAAAACGACACGGAUAUAGUGAUCGUCUUAAUCCUGUCGCUGGUACUUGGUGCACUACAGAUAGCAGGGAUUGUAAUAGGCGCAUUACACCUGAACGACUGUCCCGUUCAGAGGUUCAUCCCCAUCUUCCUGGUUACCGGAGGAAGCAUUGGAAUCGUAAAUGUAAUUUUGGGUGGCUACAAGCGGCAUCGAAGUUCCCGAGAUGACGAGAGCUCUUCUAGCACCGGCCUAACAUGCUGUAGCUACAUCAUUCAAUGUUUCCUCCUCGGAUGGUUUAUAGCAGGUUGCGUCUGGGUCUACGGCAGCUACCUGCCAAACUUUGAUGAUCCCGCAAAUCCAAAGUACUGUGACAAGACCCUCUACUACUUCGCUUUCUCAACACUCACUGCCUGGCUCGUAAUAAGCGGGGUCUUCAUCGUUUAUUCUUGCUCCAUGAUAAUAUAUGUCACGUUCAUGAAAGACUGACCAGCCAACCUGUAAGACGGUAUAACGUUAUGCGAACAGCACGAUGAUCGACUCAUCUAAUCUGAACACACACGCUUAUGUAGGUAUCUGGCUAAAGUGGAUGUUUGGGCUCGUUGGUACAGUUGCAUCUUGACGUAAGAUUUGACAAAGACUACACGGACACGAAGAACACGAGACGAAAGACAUACAGGGUAUGCAGUAGACCCCCAGAGAGUGCACUCAAUUAUAGUCAACAACGAUUGACCAUAUACCAGGAAUGCAGCACGCAGCACUUUCAGCAACAAGCUAUAUGCAUCUCAAUGACUUUUCGUUGGCCGCUCUCCUUGGCCCCGUCUUGCACCCCAACCAGUGGGCUGUCACUGCCGCUCCCCUCGGUUUUCCCCGAGUCUCAGGACUCCUUAACUGCAUGUAACGCUGUGCUAGUGUUUACUUCCUUCUUUCUUUCUUUCCUUUUUCUUUCUUUCCUUCUUUUACCUUCUUUUUCUUUUCCCCGUUUUUUCGUCUUGCUCUCCUUCCUUUCUUUUCGAUUCCGCUUUUUUUCGGAAUAGCAAGCCGGCUCUAUGCCUGGCUAACCUUCCUUUCUUUUUUUUUUUCUAAUAAACAUAUCCCCCCCCCCCCAUUGACCCGCUAAUGACGCAUGCUGUAGCUGGCCGCAUCCCGCGCAUCGAGGAUGCCUUGUUUCAUCGGCUGCGACUGAUUGUGGCACGAACUCCACUCCUCCUGUUUAAAAUUAGCCAACUUCCAUCACCUCUUUGCCCCACGUGUCAUGUAGAAGCCGACGUGCAACACGUACUUCUUGCCUGCCAGCGAUACGAAGGUCACCGGUCCAGUCUCCGGUGCCGUCUCGCUCAUCUAGGCUACCGAGAGCUUUCCCUGGCGCUGCUACUUGGAGACAGUGGCCCUACAGAGCACGCUGAGGUCACGUCUGCGCUGAAACUAUUCCUUCGGGAAGGUAAACUCUUGGACACUCUCUGACACCUCCUAUAUGACUGGUUGCACAACAACAAAACAACAACUUUAUUUUGAGAUGGAGAGGGGGGAGGUUCAUCGCCAGAGCCGAUACUCUACCAAAUUGCUGGUUGGAAUGGGGAGAAUAAAAUAAUGAGCCCCUUCACAAUAACGAUUGAAGUCCGAUGGUGUCCAGAAAUGUCAGAAGAGCUUUGAGCGCAGAUCGUUGCUGGGCUGGAUUGGGCCAGGGACCAAGCAAUUUCGAUAGGGAGAAGGGGCGAGAGUCCAGCUGACUAAGAGACUCGGAGAGUGCGGUUUGGUAAGGUUGGUAGUGGGGGCAAUGAAGAAGAAUGUGCGCCAGAUCCUCAAGAGCACCACAGUGGCAGCAGGUGGGAGAGUCAACUUGUCUCAAGCGGUAACGCCACUGAGCUGUAAAGGCCACAUCGAGUUGCAUUAGGUGGAUUAGGUAAUGCAGCAUCUUGACGAGAGGUGUUUCGUGGCACACGUUAAGUGAGCGUUGGAUCUACUCUGCUCAACAUAUAUGGGGCGAGAAUGUCGGUUGUCCAUUGGCGGGAAGCCAGGGGUGUCACGAGGCGUCGCAGAAUGGAACGGCGGUCUCCUCUCAGCAGAACAAUACUGGUCCGUUUCCGAUACGGGAGUGCUGCUUCUGCGGCGCUAUCGGCCUGCUCGUUCCCCACGACACCACAAUGGGCUGGAACCCAUUGGAGAACUAGCGUGUGGCCUGCUGCGUAGACAGUGUGGUAAGCCACUAACACAUCUGUGACUAGGGGUGCGGAUGGACCUCGUAUGCCGGAAUUUUCAUUAGCUUGAAGUGCAGAAGUUUGGAGUCUGUGAAGACUGCGCAUUCCCGCGGGGUAAAAUCAGCGAUGUGUUGUAGAAAGAAAAGGAUGGCGUAGAGUUCCGCAGCUGUUGAGGAGGUUAGAUGUGAAAAGCGUCGUCCUUGCACUACGCCUUCGGAUGGUAUGACGAAUGCUGAGGCGGACUUGUUGCGGGAUGCGCCAUCUGUAUAUGCUGCCGUAAACGUAGAAAACUUAUCGUCUACCAGAGCAUGAAAAUGGGCUCGGAGGACUUGAGGGGGGGACCUGAUCUUUUCUUUCCAGAAGGUUCGGAAGGCUUACGGAAGUCGGCGGUACCGGCAGAGACCAGGGGGCUUCCGGCGGUAUAAUGUCCUUAGCUAUGAAGCCAGUGAGAGUCUGGCGUGUCCUCUGCGCUAUUCUAUAGAAGUCGCUUUCAGGGCGGUAUCGAAUUUUCCUGAGGAGCGGGUGACGAGGAAUGUGAGCACGCGAACGUAGGAAGUGCCGAGCCAUUUCACGUUCACGUAUAACCUCAACCGGGAGUUCACCAGCUUCAGCAGGUACUUGCCGUGUUUCAGCCAUUCUUGGAACUCCGCGGCACAACGAUUGGGUUGCACAACGAAAGUGGGUUGAAAGGGGGUUGCACAUCGAUUAGUGAAGGAGGUGUCUUGUCCUGUAUUUCUUCUUAAUUUUUUGUGUCUCUGCUGCUUCAUCUUCCUUUUUGUUUUGCUUUUGGGAAUAGCAAGGGCUAACCUUUCCUUCCAUCAUGGCUAACCCUCUACUUCUUUUUUCUUUUUUUUUUAUCAGCAUUAAACAUAUCCUCCUUCCCUAAUUCCUUUGGAACUUCCGCGCAAUAACGGGUUUGCACAGAAACUGACAAAAAAGUUGCAGAAUAUUUAUUUGUGGAAGAGUAAACGAUGAAAAUUUUGAGUGAUGUAAACAUUCGCUACCUGAAAAAAAGAAGAAAGAAAAUAGAAAAGAAGGAGUGGUAAUACUAGUAAUGAUUGUAGUAAUGGGGUCGUGUUAGUGUUCGAUGAACUUUGAAGACGUGCAGUGCAAUGCAGUGUGCUUGUAUUUUGUGACCGUGGAAAUGUGCAAGUCAUUGAUAACGAUCUUUCGCAUCAUCAUCCUUGUGUUUUUGUAUGUAUUAGGUCCUUGAUGUCGUGCUUCUUUUUCUUUGCUUUUUUCUUUUUUGUGUGUCAGUGGGACUUGUGCACGGUAAUGUGUUUGUAACUGGCUUACUGAGAUUUUUCUUUCAUUUCUACUACGCGCUGUGAUGCCAUUCUAUCUGUAUGGCGGCAUCCAAGACAGCGUUACGAACAAAUUGUCUUCAAUAAAUGAAAUGAAUUAUCUUGAUCAAUGUUGAACGCUUAA